CCGGGAAGCAGCAGCUGUGUGUGAGUGAGUAGAGCUGUAGAAUAACACUGAUUUGGCUAUGGGAGAUGAUAACUUUAUUUAUAAACUAGAAUGGUCUGGAAUUAUACUUUUAUAAAAGCAAUAUAGUUGUCUUAAUAGUGAUCAAUAUUUUCCAUGGGUGCUUACUGUUUAAUUAUUGUGGUGUGCUAUGUAUGUUCAUAUCAGUAAAUCUCAAUGUUAAUAUAGGAUAACACUACUAUAAAGUGAUAGCUGUGAAACUUUGUGAUGACAAUUAUCAUUUUCUCAUUUUUGUGACUUUUACAUUUACUGUAAAUGGUCGUUUACAAAUGACCUGGUCGUGGUGGUACUGUCAUUAAUUUUUGACUCUAAAACAGCAGUUUUCUUUUUUUAAUAUUUAUUUUUUCUAGUUUUCUAGUUCUUUCAAAUCUAGUUGCUUAACACAUCUGUCUGUAUAUAAAAGGUAAUAGGAAAACUCACACACAGCCAUGCUCCAGGUUUUGCUCCUUCUGGCAGCUCUUAUUGAGUGUCCACCCUGUCUUGCCCACAAUAUGGGCUCUGCUCCCCUCAUUAUCCAGUAUCAUGUCUGGGAAGAACAGCCCUCAGGGACAAGGGUGGGUCGCCUCCUGGACGACCUACGUGAACGUGGGGAAACAGGAUCACUGGAAAACUUUCAGGUCGUGGAGCAUGGACAUGCUCUACCAGUCACAGUUGACUCAAGGGAUGGUACCGUGUCAACCCUACGCAGGCUGGACCGAGAAGAGCUAUGCUGGGGAGCAGAAUUUUGUGAACUGGCCCUCAGUGUUCUCUACAGAAAGGGUGGUGCUAUGCAUUUCCUGUCAGUUCGUGUGGAGGUGAUGGAUCAAAAUGACCACAGCCCAGUCUUUCCCAGCCUAGUGCAGGAGGUGGAGAUCUCUGAGACAGCCUCACUGAGAAUGCGCAUCCCUCUGGACCGGGCUGUAGAUCCAGAUGCGGGACCGAAUGGCCUGCAGAACUACACCCUGUCUUCCAACCAGCACUUUGCUUUGGAUAUCCGUACUUCUGGAGGGGCCAAGCAGGCUGAAUUAGUGGUCAUCAAAGAACUGGACAGGGAGUUGCAGCCAACUUUAGAACUGGUUCUAACAGCCUGGGACAAAGGGAAUCCACCAAAAUCAGGCAGCACAAAAGUUAUAGUCACAAUUCUCGACUCCAACGACAAUAGCCCUGUAUUUGAGGAGGCCCCAGCAGUUAUCGAACUAGCAGAGGACACUGUUCAUGGGACAAUUGUCAUUAAUCUCCGUGCUACAGACCCUGAUCAAGGUGCUAAUGGGGAAGUUGAGUACUCUCUCAGUAAACAUGUCCCACUGGAAGUGCAAAGCCUAUUCAGAAUCCAUCCAAAAACAGGUGCUGUGACUUUACAAGGCCCUUUAGAUUUUGAAGAAAAGAAUGUGUACGAGAUAGACAUCCAAGCUCGAGAUCUGGGGCCCAAUGCUAUCCCAUCUCACCACAAGCUGCAAGUCAAAUUGCGCGACGUCAAUGAUAAUGCUCCUCGCAUACAUAUAACAUGGACUCCUCCAGACUCCCCUGUUGCAACCGUCUCUGAAGGAGCACCAAAUGAAACUUUCCUUGCUCUUGUGAUGGUAUCUGAUGCCGAUUCUGGGGGGAAUGGGCAGGUACAAGUGCACAUUCACAGGGGAUCUGGCCCCUUCAGACUCAAACAGAUCCAUGGAGACAAUUAUAUGAUUGUAACCAAUAAUACACUGGAUCGUGAGAGACAAAUGGAAUAUAACCUCACUCUUGUAGCUCAGGACCAUGGUGAUCCUCCUCUAUCCUGCAUUAAGCACCUGACUGUCCAUGUUUUGGAUGAAAAUGAUAACGCACCAAUUUUUGCCAAAAGUCACUACCGGAGCAUCCUCAAAGAGAACAACACUCCUAGGUUACAUUUCUUGACCGUGGAGGCACAUGAUGUUGACAUGGACCUCAGCGGAAGGGUAUUAUUCUCCAUUAGAGAAUCGAAUGAGCUGGGAACACCAACAGCAUUUUUCUCAGUCCACCCCAGCACUGGGGCUGUUUCUGUCCAGCAGUCAUUAGACUAUGAGGAAAUCCACUCCUACUCAUUUAUUGUGGAGGCUGUAGAUCAAGGAUACCCACCAAUGACCAGUACUGCAACAGUGCUAGUUGAGAUACAGGAUGUUAAUGACAAUUACCCUGUAAUUCAUGAGCCACUACCUAAGAAGGGAAUUGCAUUGCUAAGUGUCCCAGUGAAUGUGGACAAAGGGGAGAUUGUAACUGAACUUGGGAAUAAAGCUCAGGAGGAUAACUUCUACAAACCAAGCAAUAACUCUUCCCUUAACAACCCUGAAGGUUUUCUGGCCACCACCAUUCGGGCCAGUGAUCCAGAUUCUGGUCUCAAUGGAAGACUCCGUUUUAGAAUAACAGAUGGCAAGCCUUCCAACCUAUUCUUUCUGGAUGAAACUACUGGACAGCUCUAUGUUAACACAACCAAUGCUACAGAAUUGAUCGACAGAACUUUUAAACUGGGCAUUGCAGUAUCUGAUAUGGGCACACCUAUGCUAACCACAAGAAUCACAUUGGAAGUGACAUUCAUCAACUUUCGUGACCACCUAAAGAACUUGUCUCACGACAACCAGGCCAAGUACAGUUUUACAAUGCUUUUGGCCAUCUGCCUUGGAUCAACCUGCCUGGUAUUAUUUCUAGCCAUUGCUUUGGCCAAGACAUUCUGUCAUCCUGACAAACGUGACAACCAUGCUUAUAACUGUAGACAAGCUGAGUCAACCUACACCAGUCACCCACGACGGCCACAGAAGCACAUUCACAAGAAUGACAUCCAGUUGGUACCAGUGCUACGGGGUCGUAAACAAACUCCACAAGAAGAUGAAGCUGAGGCAUUGCCAUGUACAUCACCUUUAGUGGAAAUGCUGCAUCCACAAGGCCAGUUUACUCUUACACCAUCCCUUGCUCGCAUGGCUCAAAAUCAAGCGCAUACAGAAAUAGAUGGAAACCCACCACUCGCUCAGAGCAAGAUACUCAGAAAGCCCGGGAGCAUAGAGUGGAAUGGAACACUUCCUUUUAACCCAGGAACUCCAUCUCGAACCCUGCAAAAGACCAGAAACUCUUCCUCCUCGUCUUAUGCAAACUCACAGACCAGCACACUCAAACGAAACAAAAAUGAAGAGGUCAAGCUUACUACCACAGACCCCUCAGAAACUAUGUCUUCAGUUCCCAGUAAUCAGGCCACCUUACGGAGACCAAAGACCACAGAAAGAAGAGGAAAGGUGGAAGAGUCAGACCACAGGCAGAUCCUGAGGAACCUUGUUCGACUCUCUAUGGCAGCCUUUGCAGAGAACGGUUCAAUUGAACUGUCCUCUGCCUCACCCGAGGUGCAACAGGUGUCUCAGCUCCUGUCUCUAUUGCAUCAAGGGCAACUUCAGCCUCGACCAAAUUUUCGGGGCAACAAGUAUUCCCACAGAACUGGCCGGUCAGGGGCUCAGGAUGCUGAUUGGCUGAGCACUAAAGACAGUGGUCAUGGAGAGAGUGAAAUGGGUGACAUGGACUGGGACUCACCUGUGGACCCUGUAUACGAAGAAGGCCUCAAUAAUCUGCUGACCUCUGAUGAUGUGUUCUCAGACAUUCCCGAUCCGGCAUGGAUGGCCCGUCUUUCUCUUCCUCUGACAACCGACUACCAUGAAAACCUGUUUGUCCCGGACGGGCCACCCUCCCCUGAUGCCCGCUGUCCCAUGGCUGGUCCAGAUGAUUCCACUUCCUUCUCUACGUUUGGUAAAACCCCAGAGAAGGCCCCUCUGGGAGGCAGAGCUCUGAUUUCAGAAGUGAGCUCUCUGUUUGAGAUGCUGCUGACACAGAAAGCCGAUGCCCAGUCGUGUCCACCUGUGGAGGUGCUCUACAGACUGUCAGCGGCGUACAGACGCUCGCUGGGCUUAGACACAGCUGCCAGCGGAGGAGCUGCCCACACACGUCUGCAAUAUGCCAACCCUGUGCCAUAACAGCAAAGAAGGUUUCAUCUCGUGUUGGGCUGCACACAAGCCUCAGGAACAAUGAUCAAAACAUCUUACAACAACAUCUUUUUCUUUUUUUUUAUUCAACCUGGUCUGGCUGGAACAGGCUAUGCUAUGCCCAUAAAAAAACAAGAACUUUUUAUAAUGAUAAAAGAAAAAAGAACACAAAUCCUGAUAUUGGCAGACCAUUAUAUUUGAUCCUUCUGCAAGGAGGUAAAUGAUUGAGCUCUGUGAGGAGUGUGAGCGGUGCAUGUGAGGAGAAAUGAGUCUGUCUCCUCUUUAGGAAAUAGCUGUUUAUAUCCUCAGAAGCACAAACAACUCCUAAACAAACCCUUUCUCUCAGAAAACCACAGGAGUUCCUCGAGAGGGUCUCACAGCGACCACUGCUGGCUGAUUAUUUGAUUUUAUAUUUGUAUGCCGGCUCUCUUGUGUAAAUAUUGUUUUGUAAUAGUUACAGGGCAUGUAAUCGUCAAAUAAUUUAGAAGUAAGCCUAACACUGUAUAUGCAAGACUUGGUCAUCGUAGUUAAGGACUGCAUGACUAAAUUCAGUUGUGUUCUGAAUGUAACUUUAGUUUUUCUUUGAAUGCUGUAAGUUAUUGAUAUCAAAAAGAUGUAUUUUUAUUUUUCCUGUGUCAUUUUGUAUAUGUGUAGUGCUGUUUUUGUAGUCAUAAUUGACAUCACGUUUUCCUUUUGUAAAUUUUAAAAGUGAAGUAAACAAUUUACUGCAUUUAUUUU